CCAAGUCAGAAGGCUCACUCUCCCUGAGGCAGCAGGGAAGACUUGAAGAGGGAAGAAAAAAGAGAUAAAGAAAGAGCAGCAAGAGGGACCAGGGCUCACCAUGGGCCCUGUGCAGCUCUUGCUGCUCUCCCUGCUGCUCAGCAGUGGUGUUCUCACACAAGAAGAAUCACCUGAAAGUGCAAAUCCAGCAUGUUCAAAGGAUGCAACCAGAUUCAAACCCCUCAGAAAAUAUGUUUACUCAUAUGAAGCAGAGACAUCAAGUGGGAUCACAGGAACAGCAGAUUCUCGAAGUGGUUCAAAGAUCACUUGCAAGGUUGAACUGGAGGUACCCCAGCUAUGCCGCUUCAUCCUGAGGACAAUGCAUUGCUCCCUGAGGGAGACUUUUGGUGUUGACACUGAGGGAAGGGCUAUUCUGAAAAAGUCCAAGAACUCUGAGGACUUUGCAAAUGCCAUGUCAAAGAAUGAGCUAAAAUUCAGCAUUCAGGAUGGAACGAAAGUCAAGCUGUAUCCAGAGAAGGAUGAGCCUCUGAAUGUACUGAAUCUCAAGAGAGGUAUCAUCUCAGCUCUCCUUGUGCCAACAGAAACGGUGGAAAACAUAAAAACGAUUCCAAUGGAUACUGUGUAUGGAAAGUGUGACAGUGAAGUUGAAUUCAAAUCCAGAAAAGGGAAUGUUGCAGAAGAUAUUUCAAUUACCAGGUACCUGAAAGGCUGUGACAGCUUCAGUCCCAUCAGAGAUCAUGUCAGCCCCAUUGCCAUUGUAAAAGGACUAAGCACCCCGUUAUCUGCCCUUCUGAAGAGCACUCAGUACUGUCAUUACAAUAUUGAUGCAAAGAAAAGGCACAUAAGAGAUGUUGUCUGCAGUGAAAAGCACCUGUUUCUGCCUUCCUCAUACAAAAAUCGCUAUGGUGUCAUGACAGAGGUCAACCAGACUCUGAAGCUUGAAGAUACCCCAAAGAUCACUAGCAAAAAUUCUGAUGGAGGUAUAGGAGAUGCACUGGAAGAGAAGGGACUUGCACUGGAAAGUACAGAUGCCAAACUGUCCAGGCAGGGCGAUGCUGUUCUGAAAACCCUUCAAGAAAUGCAGAAACUUACAGCCUCCCAGGAGAACCAGCAGAGAGCAAGACUCUUUUACAGAUUUGUCUCUGGGCUGAGGAGUUUACACAACAGCACUCUUGGCUCUCUUGUUCCAAAGAUGAUGGAAACCUCAAGCUCCAUCACUGUCCAGGCCCUGGCCCAGUGUGGGACUCCAGAGUGCUACAGUGCAAUCCUUCAAAUCCUGAGAACUGGAAAUGUGAAUCCACUUGUGGCAGACCUGGUCACAUACACCCUGGGGCUGUUGCCUUCUCCAACUCCACAAAGAAUACGGGAAAUUCUUAACAUGGCCCAGUAUCAGCCAAGUAGAGCUUCAUUCUAUGGCUUGAGUCAUUCUGUUACUAAGUUCUACAACGAGAAGAAAAUUGUGACAGAGGAAAUAGCAGAUGUUGCAGACUUCAUGGUAUCACUGCUUGGCACUGAUUGUUCUGGGGAAGAUGAACUCACAUACCUCACACUUCGGGCUAUUGGAAACAUGGGUGCAGUAAUGGAGAAAGCUAAACCCAGUGUGAAAUCUACUCUGAAGAUGUGUAUCAGAAAUGAAGCUGCAUCACUUUCAGUUCAGAAGGCAGCCAUCCAGGCAUUCAGGAAAAUGACAAUUACUGAAGAGGACCGUUCAGCCCUACUCAAAGCAUUCCAAGAACUGGAUGCACCCACAGACAAACGCCUAGCAUCCUAUCUCCUAGUGAUGAAAAAUCCCUCUCCAAGUGAUCUUGCAAAGAUUUUGAGAGUCCUCACAAAGGAGAAGAGUGAGCAGGUGAAAAGCUUUGUUGCCUCACACAUUGCCAACAUCCUGGACUCUGAAGAACUGGGCAUCGAAGAUCUAAAAAGCCGAGUUGAAGAGGCUCUGAAAGGAAAUCAGCUCCCAACAGCCAAAGAUUUUAGAAAAUUCUCACGUAAUUAUCAGAUCUCAAAAAGAGUUUCUGUACCUGGAAUUGACCCCAUCUCUGCCAAAGUAGAAGGAAAUGUGAUAUUUGAUCCAAACAGCUAUAUUCCUAAGGAAACCAUGCUGAAAACCACCCUGCAUGCCUAUGGAUUCGACCCAAGUGAUGUCUUUGAGCUUGGCUUGGAUGGAAAGGGAUUUGAACCAACACUGGAAGCAUUGUUUGGAGAGAAUGGAUUUUUCCCAGACACCGCAACCAAGGCCUUGUACUGGGCUGAUGGCAAAGUGCCAGAGAAGGUUUCCAAGGCACUUUUUGACUAUUUUGGUUACUCACAGGAUGGCAAGCAGGAUCAGGAUAUCAUGAAAGGAAUAAUACUUAACCUUGAAAAACUAAUAAAAGACUUGGGCAGCAAAGAAGCUCCAGAAGGAAGAGCAUAUCUAAGGAUCCUGGGAGAAGAACUUGGGUACAUGAAACUCAGUGAUUUUAAACUGCUGGGAAGCUUGAUUUUAAAGAGUGUUAAAACUCUUCAGACUCUUCCCGAAAUGAUUGCACAAGCCAUCUCAAAAGGUGUUGACAGGGAUCUGUUUGUCCACUACAUAUUCAUGGACAAUGAGUUUGAGCUUCCAACUGGAGCAGGUUUGCAACUGAAGUUUGCCAUGUCUGGAAUAGCAACACCUGGAGCAAGGGUAGCUGCAAAGCUUCAUCAAAAAAGCAUGCAAGCAGAUCUCAUUGCUAAACCUUCAGUAGCAGUUGAGUUUGUGACACACCUGGGAAUGAACAUGCCUGAAUUUGCUGGAACUGGUGUGGAGAUGAAUUCUAAUAUAUUUCAUGAAUCUGGAAUAGAGGCACAUGUUAGUGUAAAAGCUGGACAAUUGAAAUUCAGCAUUCCUGCUCCAAAGAGUCCAGUAAAACUCCUCAGUAUCAGCAAUACGCUGCAUUUGGUGUCUCCAGCCAAAACUGAAGAGAUUCCAACUCUGAUAGAGAACCAAGAAACCUCAACUUCUUGUAAGCCUUUCAUACCUGGUCUAAAUUUCUGCACCAAAGUAUUGUACCCUAAUUCCACUGACACAGAGGCAGUUCCAUAUUUUCCCUUGACUGGAGAAUCCAGAUUUGAGGUUGAAUUAGUGUCCACGGGCGAAGUAAAGGAAUACUCUGCAAGUGCAAACUACGAACUGCAGAGAGAGGGAAAUGACCAGAUAGACACCUUAAAGUUGGCUGUCCAGGCAGAAGGUGUAAACCAGCAUGAGGCCACACUGACCUUCAGGUACAACAGAGGCAAAAAGAUUUUGACCAGUGAUGUCCAGAUUCCAGAUGUUGGUGUUGACUUUGGAACAAACUUCAGAAUUACUGAUGAAUCCAUUCCUGGGAAGAAAGCAUACACAUUUGUCUUAGAUGUCAACAACAAGAAGAUUACAGAAGUUACUCUUACUGGCCAGAUAAGAUAUGCUGGAGUGGAAGAGGCAACAUUAAGAGGCACCAUUUCUUUUCCUCGCCUGGAGACUGAACUUAGAAGUGAAGCAUUGGUUAAUUAUUCACCAAACAAAGCAUAUCUUCAGAUCAGCUCAGCUGCAGCAAUUCAUGAAAACUCAAUUUCAAAAAGAGUUCUUCUCAGAUACGAUGCUGAGAAAGUUGAGCUAGAGUGGAAUUCAGGUGCCAGUGCUGCUGUGAAAAAACUGUCUUCUGCCUUCCCAGCUGACUUUUCAGACUACCCAAAAACUCUAGAGAAGCGUACCAACGAACUUCUGGAUCGGAAAGUGGCUCAUACGGAUAUGACACUGCGACAUAUUGUGUCACAAUUUAUCGUGGCAACCAACACCUGGCUGCAAAAGACAUCAAAAGAUAUCCCUUAUGCCCAGACUCUGCAAGACAAACUAAGUGCGCUGCAGGAACUGAACAUUCAGAAACUAAAUCUGCCUGUUAUCACCAUCCCUGAAGAACUUUUCCUGAAAAGUGAAGGCCGGGUCAGAUACAACUUCAAUAAAAACAGUUUUGUAAUUGAUAUUCCACUGCCAUUUGCGGGAAAACCAUCUGAUGAGAUAUGGAUGCCAAAGACUGUUAGAACACCUCCUCUGGUAGUGGAGUCCAUGGGAAUAAGUGUGCCAUCUCAGGAAUACAGAAUCCCAACAUUUACUGUUCCAAAAUCCUAUCCUUUCCGUGUGCCUUUGCUGGGCAAGUUGGAGGUCUCUGCUAACGUGUACAGCAACUAUUACAACUGGACAGCCGCGUACACCGUGACUAACAGCACCACAGAGAGAGCAACCAGCGUAAAAGCUAGCUACAACACAAACGCUGAUUCAGUUUUUGAGCUGCUUUCCUACAGUGUGAAAGGUUCUGGAGAAGCAUCAUAUAACAGAAACGGAUUCAUCUGUGCAUACGAAAAUCACCUGAAGCACAGAGUCUUAACAUCAGUUUUUAAAAUGUCCGGCAGAAAGAAUUAUGAACCUAUUCCAGUUGCAAACUACACCUUAUCACUUACAGCAUCAAGUACUCUGGGUUCUCAGCUUUCAUUUUCCAGUGACAUUGUUUCUGAAAAGAUAAAUAACGUGAAUACCAAUAAUGUCAAUAUGGAAGGGCAGCUGGAGGUGGCUUCCGUGUUUGCAAAAAGCAUUUACACUCUGUCUACCACCUACAAUGAAAAGAGACGGGUUUUAGAAGGAAAAUCAAAUCUGAAGUUGGAUUCUUCUUACCUUGAGGCUACCAAUCAGAUAUCUGGCAGAUACAGUGAUGGUUCGUUUUCCAUUACUUCAGUUUCUGAUGUACAAAAUGGGCUGUUAAAGAACACAGCUUCACUGAAGUGUGAAAACAGCCAGCUGAAAAUGACAUCUGAAACCAAUGGCAGGUAUCAACAUACUGCAGGCGUCAACAAGCUUGAAAUAAUUUUGUCAAAGAAGAUGGCAGCACUUCGAUCCGAGUACCAAGCCACUUACAAGCAAAUCCAGUAUUUUGCCGUGUUUGCAGGUUCUCUCAAUUCCCAGGACCUUGUUUUCAACACUGAUAUCUCCCUGACUGAUCAGAAGAAUCGAGCUGCACAUAAGUCAUCACUCAAUGUCAAUCGGUAUGGUCUAGCCAGCAGUGCAACCACCAACAUGCAGUUUAGUCCCUUGGCAAUGCAGAGUGAAAUGAAUGCCAAGCUCGACACUGCUGGAGGCUCCAUGUCGCUGUCCUCUUCCGGGCGCUAUGGGAAAAACAAUGCAAAAUUCAAUGUAGGUGGAAGAGUGAGCCUAACAGAAAUAACACUGGGAAGUGAAUAUCAGAGUACAGUUCUGGGUAUGGACAACAAACAUGUUUUAAAUUUCAGAGUUAAUCGAGAAGGACUCAAGUUUUCAAAUAAUUUGCAGGGAUCAUUCAAAGAGAUUAAGUUGGAGUACACAAAUGAUUUGAAUAUUCCAGGCUUAUCCUUAACGUUUGUUUCAAAAUUAGACAACAGCUUCGGCUUUGACAAGUUCCACAAACAUGUUUUUGACCUUCAACUGGAGCCUAGCUCACUAGCAGCUAAACUGAGCAAUAAUCUUAAAUACACUAAAACGGAAGUUUCCAACAAAGCAGAGCUCCUUCUUGAGCCUCUGAAUAUGAACUUGGGUGGCAAUGUCCGAGGAGCCCAUGGAGCAGAUGAAGUAAGGCACACCUACACCCUUAGAUGUGCUGGUCUAACUGCAGACUUGAAAACAGACACCGUGGCAAACGUUCAAGGCGCAGCAGUGAGUCACAGAGUUCAUCUGGAUGCGGCAGGGCUUUCUUCCUCAGUUACCAUGAACACAAACUGUGAUUCCAAACCUCUCCGUUUCAGCAAUGCUGUGCGUUCCACUAUGGCCCCAUUUGUCAUCACGGCUGACAUACACACCAAUGCUAAUGGAAAGCUGGUUGCUGUGGGUGAACACACAGGAGACUUGUACAGCAAAUUGCUGUUUAAAGCAGAACCUCUUGCUUUCACUUUCUCCCAUGAUUACAGAGGCUCUACCAGCCACAGCUUGAAGUCUAGAGGAAGAUACACUACCCUGCUUGACAACAAAGUUAAUAUGCUUUUUACUCCAUCAGAGCAGUCAAGUGCUUGGAAAUUGAAAAGUCAGCUAAACAAUAAUGUAUAUUCACAAGAUUUCAGUGCUUACAAUAAUGCAGAGAAGAUCGGUGUGGAACUUAAUGGAAGAGCAUUAGCAGAUCUCUCUGUAAUGGACACAUCAGUCACACUACCAUUAACAUCUGAAGAAGUUAAUUUAAUUGAUCUAUUGGGUCUCAGGAACAGCAUAUCAGAACCUCAAGAAUUCAGCAUCUCUGGCUUUGUGAAGUAUGACAAAAAUAAAGAUAUGCAUGUUAUUAGCCUACCCGUCUUGGAAAAUUUGCCAGUUUACUUUGAAAAACUCAGAGGCACCAUUCUAUCCACACUGAAGGCCAUACAAAGUUAUCUGAAGAGCAUAGAUAUAGAACAACACAUGAAAAAAUACAAGGCAACUUUGAACAAACUGCCACAGGACAUUAACGAUUACAUGGACAAAUUAGAUAUCAAAGCCAAAGUUAGCAGCAUGAAAAAUAAUUUUGUUGCUUUCACAAAGGACUACAGAAUAACAUCUGAUGAUCUCCAAAUUAUGCUGGAAAAAGUCAUGGACACUCUUCAAGAAAUAUUGUCUCAGCUGCAGCUCUAUCUGAUAGAAGUUGAGCAAUACAUCAAAGACUGUUAUGAGCAGUACGACAUUAAAGCACUUAUUGCACAGCUUCUUGACCAAAUAGUUGAAACAAUGACAGCUCUAGAUAACAAAUAUCAGGUAAGAACAACUAUAAUCAACAUCAUUGAAAAAUUGCGGGUUUUUUUCCAACAAUAUGAUCUUAACAAAAUCGGAAGCAGCACUUUGGCUUGGAUUAAAAAUCUUGAUGGUGAAUACGGGAUUACAGCUAAAAUUCAGGAAAAACUGGAAUUAUUCAAGAUUCAAAUUCAGAAUAUUGAUCUCAGAAGCGUUGCGGAAAAUUUGAAACGACAGAUUAAAGCGUUUGAUGCUAAAGAAUGUUUAGAAAAAUUUAAGCGAUCUUUGCCAAUCGAAAAAAUCAAUGAGAUUCUUGAACAAAUCAAAGACUUUAUUCUAAAUUGGAUAGAGGAAUAUGAAUUAUCUGAGAAGAUCAGCGCUUUCCGUGGUCAUAUGCACAAAUUGAUUAUAAAAUAUGAAAUUGAUAAGCAGAUAUAUUUUUUAAUUGACAGAAUGAUAGAACUGCUUAAAACAUACAGAAUAAAAGAAACUGUCCAGAAACUGACCAUCUACCUGCAAAAUGCUGAUGUGAAGUCAUGCUUUGAUAAAGUUGUUGCUUUUGUUGAUGAUGCUGUCCAGAAAGUGCAAACCUUUGAUUACGAAAAGAUGAUAAAGCAAGUCAACAAGUUCCUUGACAUGGUUAUUAAAAAGCUCAAGGCUUUUGAUUAUGACCAAUUUGUAGAUGACACAAAUAACAGAAUUCGAGAAGUGACUCAGAAAAUAAAUGAGGAACUCAGAAAUCUAGAACUUCCACAGAAAGCAGAAGCACUGAAACAGUAUAUAAGAGAUUUUAGAACUGUGAUUUCAAAAUACAUGGAACAACUAAAGGACACGAAGCUUGCUGCAGUAAUUAACUGGCUCAGGGAGCUCAUAGACUCAACAACAUUUGCUAAUCUCAAAGCCAAGAUAAAUGAACAUCUGGAAGACCUGCGAGAGAGGAUUUCUGAAAUGGAUAUUUCUCAGGAAUUCCAGUGGUGUCUUCAGAAGAUAAGCCAAUUCUACAAUUCUGUUGUCAUAUACAUCUCUGACCAAUGGAACACAGCUUCCAAAAAAAUCACUGUGUUGGCUGAAGAGUAUGACCUAAAAAAUUGGGCUGAAAAUGUAAAACAGUUUGUUGAAACUGGAUUUAAAGUCCCUGAAAUCAGGGCAGUUAUAGUCACUAUACCUGCCUUUGAGGUUAGUCUCCGAAGUCUUCGGGAAGCAACAUUUCAAACACCAGAAUUCAUUGUCCCACUGACUGAUCUCCGUAUCCCCUCCUAUGAGAUCAAUAUUAAGAGACUAAAGGACAUGAAAAUCCCAAUGAAAUUUACUACCCCAGAAUUUAAAAUUCUAAACACCUUUCAAAUUCCUUCCUUCACAAUUGACUUGAUUGAAGUUAAGCUUCUGAUUGUGAGAACAAUAGACAAAAUCAUGUCUGCGGAAUUUCAAUUCCCAUCUAUCGAUGUCUAUUUGAAAGAUCUGAAGAUGAGAGAUAUGCCUUUUUCCGAUCUUUCUUUCCCAGAAAUACAAAUGCCUCAGUUUCAAAUACCAGAAUUAUUGAUUCCAAAGCUAAAUCUAAAUGAGUUCCAGAUUCCUAACAUGAAGAUACCAGAGUUCCAGCUCCCACGUAUCCCACAUACUGUGACUGUCCCUACAUUUGGCAAGCUGUCUGGUGCUUUCAGAGUCACGUCUCCAUUCUUCACACUGUCUACACAAGCUGAGCUUCGUAAUACCACAACGUCUGCAAACAGUCCAGAAUUUGUUACCUCUAUUUCAGCUCAAACAACAUCCAAAUUAGACUUCCUAGUUUUUAGUGUUAUUGCAGAUUCACGUCUGCUGGCCCCUGACAUGAAGCAGCUGAACCUUAAAAAUGCCAUGAAAGUCAACCAUAGGUUCCUUAAAGUUGAUCACACGAAUGAAGUCGUAUUUUUAGGGACCUCGGUAGAAGGUGAAGCUGAAACUAGAGCAAACUUAAAUGCAAAGAAAAAUUCAGUAGAACUACAGAAUAACUUCAUGGUCAAGCUGCAAAGAAAAAUUUGGAUGCAGAGUGGAAUCGCAUAUUCUCACAGACUGAAUAUUCCACAAGCUGAUUUCUCUAGCCAGGCUGAUCUGAUCAAUAACAUGACAACAGAGGUAGAAGCAGGAUACAUAUCAUUUACCUCUGCUGGUAGAGGAAACUGGAAAUGGGCUUCACCUAAUUUCUCUGAUGAAGGUACUCAUGAUUCACUUGCCACUUUCAAGGUUGAGGGCCCCAGUAUUACAUUUUCUGUAAACAACAGAAUAAAUGAUAAGUACCUGAAAGUCAACCAAGCUAUGAAAUAUGAAUGUCAUUCCUUAAUGUCUGCAGCGCUUCAGAUUCAGUCUGAAAUGGAGUCACAGCGUGUGGGACGUAGCCUUCUGAAUGUGCAAGGCACAGGUGAGCUUCUAGGAAUGAAAGUAGAAUUAACAGGCUCUCACAUUGCUAGGCUCCAUGGACGGAUUACUGGAACUGUAAAUAAUGAACUUUCCUUCUUGGCAAACCCUUCUGAAAUUCGUCUUUCAACAAACAAUGAUGGAAAUGUGAAAAUCAGCUUCCCAAUGAAACUAACUGGCAAAAUUGACUUCCUGAAUAACUAUGGGUUUGCCCUCAGCUCUUCUGUUCAGCAGGUCAAUUGGCAAGCUACUGGCAGAUUCAAUCAGUACAGAUAUUCCCAUAAUAUGUCUGCUGGCAGCAAUGAUGACAGAAUCGAAGCUCAUAUUGAAAUGAAUGGAGAUGCCAACCUGGACUUCCUAAACAUUCCUCUAAGCAUUCCUCAGAUUCAGAUUCCCUACACUGGAAUCAAAACUCCUCAGCUGAAAGAUUAUUCACUGUGGGAACAGGUAGGCCUGAAGGAAUUAUUGAAGACAACAAGACAAUCCUUUGAUUUAAAUUUGAAUGCUCAGUAUGAGAAAAACAAAGACAUGCAUGCAAUCCCACUUCCUUUAGCAAAAGUGCAUGAAGUACUUAAUAAGAACAUCCUUUUAUUCAACAAGCAUUUUGAGAAAGGGAGAAAUGCAGCUAUAGAUUUUCUUACAAAGUCAUAUAAUGAAGCCAAAACAAAACUGGACAAAUACAAAAUACAAACAUCACUGAACAAAAUACCACGGACCCUCACGAUUCCAGGAUACACAAUUCCAGUUGUGAAUAUUGAAGUUUCUCCUUUCACUGCUGAGAUGCCAGCCUUUGGUUUCACGCUUCCAAAAGAAAUAAGCACAAGAGGAUUCACCGUCCCAAUAAUUGGCUUUUCAGUUCCAUCUUACACACUAGUCGUACCUUCUUUUGAGCUUCCAGUCCUUCAUAUCCCCCAGGAUCUACGCACCCUAAAGCUUCCUAGAUUCAGAAUCAACAGCUCAGCCAACAACAUCUUAGUUCCUGCCAUGGGCAACAUUACUUAUGACUUCUCAUUUAAAUCCAGUGUAAUCACUUUAACUGCAAAUGCUGGGCUGUUUAAUCAGUCAGAUAUUGUUGGACAUCUCAGUGUGUCAUCCUCUUCUGUCAUUGAGGCUCUGCAAUUUAAGCUGGAUGGUUCAACAAGUUUGACAAGAAAAAGGGGGUUGAAGCUGGCCACAGCAUUGUCCCUGAGUAAUAACAAAUAUCUAGGAGGAAACCAUGAUAGCACUAUCACUCUCUUAAAGAGGAUGAUGGAAGCUUCCAUGGAAACAAAUAUAGAAGUUGACACACCAGUUUUAAAAAUUAAUUUCAGCCAAGAACUUUCUGGAAAUACGAAAUCUAAACCCACUCUUUCCUCAGGGAUAAAAUUAAUAUAUGAUUUUAAUACUCCCAAAUAUGGUACCAGUGCUAAGGGAGAAAUUGCUCACAAAUUUGCUUUAGAGAGCCUUACAUAUUACAUAUCAGUAGAAUCUUCUACAACUGGGGAUAUUGAUGGAGUAUUUUACACUGGAAAUGCAUUUUCUGGGAGUUUAGACCAUGAGGCAAAUGCCUAUUUAAAUGCUAAUGGAGCUCGGUCAUCCCUCAGAUUCGAGGCCCACUCUAAAGCAGAUGGACUCUGGAUGAUUGAAAUCAAAGAAUUACUUGCAGUCGAAGCAUCUACCCGUCGUAUUUAUGCAGUCUGGGAGCACAAUGGUAAGAACUAUGCGCGAUGUACAUCUCGUUUCACAACAACAGGGACUCAGAGAUGCAAAGCAACCUUAGAACUGGCUCCUUGGGAUGUAUCAGCAGAUAUUCAGAUUCAAGCCAUUCAGCCAAAUCCCUACCUGGGCAUGGCAUCAGUUAAUGAGGCUUUUGUAGUGAAAAUCAGUCCUGCAAACCAGAAAGCUGGCUGGAAGGGUGAAGGCCAAAUUCACUCACUAUCUCUCAGUCAUGAUACGCAGAUAUCAAAUGAAAACUCAAAGGCAAAAUUUGUUAUUUCUGGAUCUUUGGAAGGAUACAUGGACUUCCUCAAAGUCAUCAAGUGUCCCAUUUCUGAGAAGAGCUUAUGGGAUAUUUUGAAGCUGGACGUCACUACCAGCGCUGACAGGAAACAGUACUUGAAUGGCUCGGCAUCCCUCGUGUACACCAAGAGUGAGGAUGGUUACUUUUUCCCCAUACCUGUGAAUAAGCUGACCGAUGGCUUCACUGUCACUAUUCCUGGGUUACACCUAAAGGCUCCAAGCCCUGUCCUCAGCACUCCAGAGUUCAACCUUCCUUUCACCACUCUCCAGGUCCCAGCAUACACUGUUGACUUGCGCAACAUAAAAAUUCCACAGACACUAAGUACAAUGCCAUUUGAUGUCCAUUUACCCACAUUGCCAAAGCUGAGAUUCCCCAAAGUGGAUGUAGGAGCAAAUUAUAUUACAUUAGAAGAAUAUAAAAUGCCAUUUUUUGAGGUGACAAUACCUGAAUACCAAAUAACUAUGUCUCAAUUCACUUUACCGAAGAGCGUUUCAUUUGGCAGUUUCUCUGUAGAUCUAGAUGAAGUAGCUAAUAAAAUUGCAGAUUUUGAAAUGCCUACAAUUACCAUUCCUGAACAGAAAAUUGAGAUCCCCCCUCUGAAAAUAUCCUUGCCUGCUGGAAUUUACAUCCCAUCAUUUGGUGCCUUGACUGGAUCUUUCAAAGUUGUUUCCCCUUUGUACAACGUCACCUGGAGAACAGACUUGACAAAUAAGAAGGAUUCGUUUGAACAUUCCAUUGACUCUACCUGCAGCUCAACAUUGCAAUUCCUGGAAUAUGACCUGAAUGUUGUUUCAAACUAUGAAUAUAAAGAAGGCGUGUUUGUUGUGAAGACAACUGGCAGCUUUUCACAUCGUGACAUGAGUGCAAACUACCAGGAAAAUCUAACUAUUUCAGGAUUUAGAGCCAUGGAGGACACUUUAUCACUAGACAUCAUCAGCCCAACUUUCACAGAUGUUCAUGUGCGUUACCAAGAGAAUGAAAGGAAAGCAUCAGGCUCAAUAUCCUCACCCUCAGCUGGGACCCUUGCUUAUGUCAUGGAGGGGGACGAGGAAACUUUCCUUGCCAGAUUGUACUACCAAAGUCAGUCUGCUCCCCAGAACGACAUUGACAUACUUAAAGGUGAGAUAUCCCUCAAGGAACCUGACCAGAUACAAGUGAAAUUCAACUGGAACGAGGAUGCUGCCAAAGACUUGCUGUUGGGUCUGAAAGAAAGAGUGCCUCAAAUGACAAAUGCAGUCUAUAGAUACAUUAAUCGGUACCAUAAGGAGCAUACAGGACUGGAAAUUAGUGCUGCCACCUUAAAGAUGAAGAAUAUAAUGCAGAAUAAUGCUGAAAAAGCGUACACUUUUGCUGCAAAUCAAAUAGAUGAAAUAGAUGCUCAGCUUCGCACAGCUGCCAAUGAGGCCUCUGACAAAUAUCAGGAGCUGAAGUUCAAAGCUAAACGGCUUUAUCGAAGAGCAGCAGAUCAGGCUGAACAGUUUGACUAUCAAAGAAUAAAAGCAGAACUUUUGAAUGUUUUAAUUGACAUAAUAGAGAAGUACCACCAGAAAAUAAAACAUGUAAUUGACUCAGCCACUGAAUUCCUGAAAACCACAAAAUUUCAGGUCCCUGGGUUGUCUGAAAAGUACAGUGGUGCAGAAAUAUACCUCAUGACUACAGAGAAGGUAGCAAAAACUGCUGAUGUAUGCCUUUCAAAACUUCAGGAAUACUUUGAUGCCUUGAUUGCAGCUAUCAAUGAGCUGGAAGUCAGACUUCCUGCUUCUGAAACAAUUCUUAGAGGCCGUAAUGUACUUGAUCAAAUUAAAGAAAUGCUGAAAGAUUUGCAGAACAAAAUCAGGCAGACAUUUGCUGCUCUUCAGGAAGCUGACUUUGCAGGAAGGCUGAAGCAACUGAAACAAGCAGUGCAACAAGUUUUUCAGAAGAUAGAAGAAAUGGUUAGAAGUUUGCAAUCCAAAACUUUUGAAGACAUCAAAGUUGAAACACAACGGCUGUACAAAGAUGCAAUGGCUUCAGAAUUUGCCCAGAAGCUGAGAUCCUUGACAAAAGAUGUUAAAAAAUACAUUUCUCAGUUCAAAGACUUCAGCCAGAAGACAUUCCAGGACCUUUCAAAAAAGCUGCACCAACUGCUCCUCUAUGUAAAGUCAUUGCGGGAGGAAUAUUUUGAUCCAACUACACUUGGAUUGUCAGUGAAAUACUAUGAGGUGGAAGACAAAGUACUGGGAUGGCUGAAGAAUAUCAUAGCUCUUCUCGUGGAUUGGCACAACCAGUUUGUUGGAGAUCUUGCUGGCAUUGCUACACGCCUGACAGACCAAGUAAGGGAGUUGGUGGAAAUCUACAGUCAGGAAUAUUAUGACAUUAUAACUGAUAUUGAAGGAAAAGGAAAACAGAAGAUCAUGGAACUCUCAUCUGCUGCUCAGGAAAAAAUCCGAUAUUGGUCUGCAGCUGCUAAGAGGAAAAUCGAUGAACAUAACAAGCAACUCAAAGAAAAACUCCGGGAGAUCUAUGGGCAGCUUAGUCAGUCCCAAGAAAAGCUAAUCAGUGAAGCCAAAAGGUUAAUUGAUCUAACUAUAGAAAAUUACUCUGCUUUCCUGCAAUAUCUCUCAGAGCUUCUUCGCUGGCUUGAGCAAAUAACAGCUGAGAGCAUAAAGCCAUAUGUAGCUGUUCGUCAAGGAGAGCUGAGAAUACAGGUGCCCAUGGACUGGCAGGCCAUUUACCAAAUGCCCCAAAAAAGCAGACAGGCACUCAGGAAUAAAAUGAAAAUGACACACAUACUGAUUCAGCAAGGCAUUGAGAAAGGCUCCAGGAAAUGGAACGAAAUGCAACACUUCACUAAUGAACAACUUGACACUGAGCAAGUGAGUCCUCAGGAGAUUAUGGAAAAUAUUCAGCAGCGCAUGAACACCUGAAUGGGCAUGUAGAAGAGGAGAAGUAACAAGUUUCUACCAAAAUGUAUUUAAAUACAACAGCAAUCAGUAUACUGGAGCUUCAGGUAUAUAUGUUUGAAUCUGAAUUUGUAAAUGAAAACUUGAUAAUCUACACUAGGUUAUUUUAAUAAGCUUAAUAAGCCAAUAAAUGAGUUCUUUAUUACAUUUCUGUGUCAUUCAUUACAACUACUUUUACUUGGAGCAUAAGGCUUAAUCCAACAAUUUUCAAGGUCAAUGGGAAGUCUUUUCUGUUAUUUCACAAAAUGUUGGAUCAAGUUAAUAAUGUGCAAUGCAUAUUGUAAAUAGUCACAAAAGCUAUGGAAUACAUAGAAUAAACAGGUUUUAAGAUAAAGGUCACAUUCAUAAGCCAGUUGAAGGAAGACUUGGAAACACAUCUAAUUCCCAGCAUAGAGAUACCUUCAUAGAUAAGUAAGGAAAAGAGCAUGUAUAAAAACAUUACUUAAAAAAAUUAUAAAUUCUGAAAAUGGCAUCAAAAAUUGAAAUUCAACAUAGAAAUAUGAACAUAUGUAGAAAUAUGACCCCUGGAAAAUUGUAGAUAAUAAUACAAAGGUUUUUUUAAUAAGAAUUAAUUUAUGCCUGUGUCAGUUUUCAGACAACUCUACCAAGAAUUUUAUAUGAGUUUUCUUUCUACUGGCUAAUUUAUAUUUCAGAAAUACAGGGUUUUCUCACCUGUUUCCCCAUGAUAUUUCUGGUGUCACUUUAAAUUGUCUGUUUUACUUAUUAUGAGUUUAGUCAAAUGUCAAAGUUUCAUGGACAUCACUGUGUAUGAUGGGAGUCAAAAAGUUUUCCCCUCUUAGGCAGAAGCCUAGACCAUUUAAAUGAAUUCUCAGUUUAAAAGAUGAAUUUAAGAUGUUGAAGAAGUCCCUCACAAAAGAAGACUGUUUUUAAGUGGAAAAUAUGUUGAGCUGCAGUGGUGAACUAUAUAGACAGUCCUAGAGAAAUGCAUGCUCGGGCUGAAAUGAUGUUGCCUCUUUGAGAAUAAACUUUUUGACAAACAACACUA